AUGCUAAUUAGUUUUACAAACUCUGCGUGCUUUUUUUGUUCUCUCAAAUUUAUAUUUCACUUUUCUUCGUUUGUUAACAAAUCUUUUUUUUUCUUUAAUAUACUUUUUGUUCUCUUUCUUUCUUUCUUUCUUUUUUUCUUUCUUUUGCUCUCUUUCUGCUUUUCUCUAUUUCUCUUCCUUUCCCUUUUUUUUCCCUUUCUCAUUGACAUUCCGCUUGAUUCAUUCUCUUUCUUUUUGAUACUAUUCAUAUUUUUUCCUUUAGGAAUGUUUGAUUGUUUCAUUCUUUCUUUCGUUAUUUCUUUUGUAUUUCACUAUUUCUUUUUCUCUUUCCAUUAUAUUAUCCAUUACAUUAUUUUCUAUUCUAACGUUAUCUAUCUAUCUAUCUAUCUAUCUAUCUAUCUAUCUAUCUAUCUAUCUAUCUAUUUUUUGGAUUUUCCCUUUUCUUCCUUUUCUUCCUUUUUUACUUCCACUUCUUACUGUGUCUUUCUUAUUUUCUUUCUUUUACUUUAUUUUAUGAUAUUUGUUUUUUGUCAUUAUUUCUUUCUUUUUACUUUUCGUUUUCUUUCCUUUUAUAACAUUCCUUCUAUUCUACCUUAUCUGUAUUUCGAUUUUUCUUUCAUUCUUACUUUAUUUCUUCCUUUUUUCUUUUUUUUAUAUUUGUUUUAUUUCCAUUUCUUUCAUUUUUACUUUAUUAUUUUUUCUUUCUCUUUCUUAUGA